AUGGCCAGGAUUCUGCCCAGAAGAAGGUUCUACAGCAGUUUAGAAGUAGUGGAGAGCGGAAUUGGAGGCAUAGAAAAGAAUGGCGUCCUAAGAAAAGGAGCUGAGCAGCUGCAGAAUCCUGACAGGCGUACGAGGCGCCUGGAGUCAGAGUUCCGUCAGGAAUCUCUGGAUUUCAGCUCUAAAUUGUACUUGUGUGAAAGAGUUUCAGAAGUAUGUGAGCUUUUUUCGGAAAACGCAACUAAACUUAGUGCAAAUCAGCUGUUGCUGACGCUUUCAAGAAUCAUCCAGAUCAAUUCGAUAUCUGUGCGCUCCAAAAGUAUAGAUUAUGACGAGGAUAUUGAGCCUCCGGAGGACUUUAAGGUUGACGCCAUCGAUAAAGGCCACGACUACUUCCCGGCGAACGAGUUCUGCCCGGUCCCACUAAAUAGGCUUAAGUGUGUAAAUGUUAAAAGGUUAGACACUAGAGUGGUUGAAAUUUUUAUGAAGCUGAUGAGUAAAAUGGCCGAGAUGGACAGAGAAAAGAUACUUUACCUGAAUAGAAUGUGUAGAUACAUUAGCGGAUACCACAGAAAGUUGGUUUUAAGCUCCUCAGAGGACCUGCUGGGAGCGUAUGUGAGUCAAAUGGACGCUAAAGACAUGGUUAGAACUGCCAUAGCCGUCGCAAGUGAGUCGGAGAAUGUGGAAUUUGUAAAAAUAUACAUAGCGGAGUUGUUUAAGAAUAUAGACUCUCUAAACAAAGAGCAAAAGAUGAUAAUAUUCGAAACCAUGUCAAAGGCCAAGAAGUGUUCAACAGUAUUUUUAGUGAGAUUUGCCGAAUACAUAAACGACUGUGCCAGCGCCGAAAGGGGAUGUGGUAUUGAUGAGGUGGAUUCAUCAGACGUGGCAAGUUCCCGAGUUGACAGUGACCAGAAGUUUGGUGAAGGUGAGUACAUUCAGUUCCUGUCGGUGUACAGCAAAAACCAAAAGAGCAUGCCAAGGCACCUGUUCAAACACCUGCUGGCACGGUGCCUGGUCGUCGAUUUUAAUAAACUCAGUUUGAGCAACGUGCUGGACCUCGUGUGGAUAUCAAACAAGUGUGGCAGUGUCGACUUGGUCCUGCCGAAGGUGACGGGACUGCUUACCAAGAAAAUCGCGGAGAUCGGCCCAGAAAGUUUAACUAUGCUCAUUUGGUCGUACAGCAGUGGUAAAAUGGAGAACCGGGGCUUCCACGAGGUGCUGGAGCAGGCGGCCAUAGAUGUAUCGCAAGAGUUGACUCCAAAGAACAUAGCGCUGUGUGCAUACUCCUUGUCACUGAAAAGGGCUGACGGCUGUGAAAGUAGAUUCCACAACCACAUUCAAGGCGACAUUGUUGCCAACAUCAGUCACUUUAACGGGCUGGACCUGGCGAUGCUUGCGUUCGCUUACUCGAGUGCGCUCUGCGGUUCGAAUGUGCUACACCAGUGCAUUCAGGAAGCAGCACUCAACUACGUGGAGGAGCUGCCGGCCGAUUGCAUCUCGAAACUGUUGGUUUCCUACGCGAGGAUCCCUGGGAAGACGUCUCUCUUCAGCGCCUUCAUGAUGAGUUUUUUGCAAAGGAUGCACCAAUUCCCAGUCCACGAGUUCAUACAGGUCAUGUGGGCUUAUUUGGUGAUGAAAUGUUACGAAAGAGCCUUCUGGACAACCUGUAUUGAGGUGGUAUCAAACAACUUUGAGCAAGUAAUCAACGACCAGAGGUGCUACUUGCUCUACCCAGUUUUGAAGAUAAUAACGCAGAUUACCAUAAUCUCCAGUGCUAGUAGUAUAUUUGCAACUGUUACCAACUCAUUUGCAGUAAAUUUGGUCCCACUGACCAGUGAUUUAACCAGGUUGAUAAACCACACUAAAAAGUACUUUUGGGCAAGUCAACUUAAAAAUAAAAACAGUGAGCUCGUAUCGCAGGUAGUCAAACUGGUUGAAGGAGCCGAAAAUGUCAAAUGCGACCUUGAUGUGGACAGCUUUCUUGUGGAUGUGGCUUUCAGCUUAAAUGGAACCAACUGUACUCUUCUCAUAUACAACGACACUAAUACCUUUAAUCGAGCACCAAUCGGAGAUUUGAGGUUAAAGGAGCUUUACCUCUCCAAUAAAGGGUGUAAAAUACUAAGAGUUCUCGAGGACUUCUGGGUCAACUUGGAUACACCUUCGCAAGUUGCAAUCAUAUCAUCCCAGAUCAAACAGUAA